UUCAGAAUUCAAAUCACAAAAUGGUGGAAGACGAGCUGGUGGAGAUUUUAACGGAGUAUAAAACUAUUGCUGAGUCUGAACACAACAGUUUUGUUUCAACUCUAGUCAACAAUCCAAACUUUGCACAAGUUGUCUUUAACUCACUUCAGGGGUUCGAGGAGCGUGGGAAAGGGUCUGAUGUACUAGGACAGCUGUGUGAUCUUCUAUUUAGCAUCUACAGACGAGAUCCAGAGUACAAGAGUUUUGCUCUUCAAUUUCUUCCUCAUCUUGCCUUUAUCUAUCUUCUAAACUACGGAGAAAAGGAUGAGUUUGGAUGUAUUGAAACCUGGCUGAUAGGGAUUCAUAAUAUUGAGUCUGCUGAUACCAGUUCAUUCAGGAUCCCGAGUUUAAACCAGAAUUCUAUUUAUCAUGAAUCCAACCAAAUCCUUGAGUCAAGACAGAGCUCAUUGUCAGAGAUGGAGCGAGGUCCUGGUAUAACUGUAAAGAGGAUUCCACCAAUGCAGAUAAAAUCCUUCAACUCCAUGAACAAAAUGCCAGUUAUUGCUUUUCUUUUCAGUGUAUAUACUGGUAGAUUACCGGAUAUACAGCGGAUAUCCGGAGAAUAUACUUGUAAGCUGUGCUCGAGAAUGAUAACUCGGGGGUUCAAUUUUGGAACUAAGAAAGGACACAGAAGAAACCUCUCCUACGGCUCAGAUUCAGGUAUGCGGUCACCGCGUGUUUUGCCAAAUCGUCUUCAUCUCUCGUCAGCACUUCUUCUAGAAAUAUUACAGAUCGGGCACUGGGCAAUCUUUAACCAGUGUUUUGGUGUAGGGAUGCAUCUUAUCCGAGAUAUUGAGUUCAGAGCGCGGCAUUCUUCCAUGGAUAGUGUACUGUUAGUUAGUAGAGCUCUUCUCCAGAUGGCUCCUAAUGGUCCUAGUAUUGAAGAACAGAGAUAUAUUUCAACUCCAUCCCAGCUUUCAAAAAAUAUAAUCACAAACGCAAGCUUCAGAACUAAGAAACUGGAAGGAGAUAUUCCUAGGCUAGAGGAUGAUGAAGGUCCAUCUAGUCUUGAGUCUAAAAUGACAAUAAUUACUGAGGAGGAGGAGGAGGGAGGUCAGGAGACGAGGAAGGGAAGAGAUAUGGAGAACAUUGCGGAUAAAAUAAAGGCAAGGAUGGAGAAUGUCCGGGAUAAUGUAAGAAUACCAAUGAGAAAGAAAGAUCGAGAAAGGUUUUCUGAAAGUGAAGUUUCUGAUAAAGGGCGAGGGUUGAGUGAGAAGAAGGAUAAAAAGAAGAAGGAAGUUAAAUCUAAUCCCGGCGAUCUUGAAGGGUUGGAAGAAUUAAGACUGCAAAACUUUCCCUCAGAGACGAUAGCGAUCCAUAGCCCAGAGUCUGGUUCUACCAGUAUAUUCUAGAAAUAUCUGGUUCUACCAGUAUAUUCUAGAAAUAUCUAGUUCUACCAGUAUAUUCUAGAAAUAUCUUGUUCUACCAAAAUAUUCUAGUAAUAUCUAGUUCUACCAGUAUAUUCUAGAAAUAUCUGGUUCUACCAAUAUAUUCUAGAUAUAUCUAGUUCUACCAGUAUAUUCUAGAAAUAUCUAGUUCUACCAGUAUAUUCUAGUAAUAUCUUGUUAUAUUUGUAUAUUCUAGAAAUAUCUGGUUAUACCAAUAUAUUCUAGUAAUAUCUAGUUAUAUUAGCAUAUUCUAGAAGUAUCUGGUUCUACCAGUUUAUUCUAGUAAUAUCUAGUUCUACCAGUAUAUUCUAGAAAUAUCUAGUUCUAUUAGUAUAUUCUAGAUAUAUCUAGUUCUACCAGUAUAUUCUAGAUAUAUCUGGUUCUACCAGUAUAUUCUAGAUAUAUCUAGUUCUACCAGAAUAUUCUAUAAAUAUCUAGUUCUGCCAGUAUUUUCUAGAAAUAUCUAGUUCUAUCAGUAUAUUCUAGAAAUAUCUAGUUCUAUCAGUAUAUUCUAGAAAUAUCUAGUUAUACCAGUAUAUUCUAGAAAUAUCUAGUUCUUCUGGUAUUUUCUAGAUAAAUCUAGUAAUACCAGAAUAUUCUAGAAAUAUCUAAAGGGUUUAGAGUAAGAUAGACUGAAAUGUGAAAAUUUAUUAUUAAUAUAAGUUGCAUUUAAAUAGUAUUUUAAUAAAAUCUUGAUAAAUAAGAAUGAGUAAGAUAGUAUAAGUAAGUAUAAGUAAGAUUUUUAUCAUUGAUCUAAGAGAGCCUCUCUCACUAUUAAAUAUAUUAACAAAUAAACCAAUCAAAUCAAUUUUAUGAGCUAAGUAAUCCUGUUACUGUUAAAUGUUGAAUGUUAACUCUACUACAUCCUUUAACUAUUAACUUUUUCAUUCCUUUAAUUGGUUCGGGGGGGAUUUUUAACGAACCGACAAGGCUUGAAAGAGACUAGGGGGGGUUACAUCUUUCUCUAGAAUUCAACAACAAUUGUUAGAAAUAUUGAUUAGCUUUCAAGAUAUAUUUACAAAAUAGUCUCUAGUCAAUUGUCAAUAGUAUUUCGUAGUCAUUAUUCUGUAUUUUUGAAAAUAAAAUUUUAAUGUUUAAA